AUGGGGAACCGCCUGUAUCGAAGAAGCCAAAACGAUGGGAAGACGCCGGCGUUUGGCCCCGGUGGUCUCCAUGAAACUCUCCAGUCUCGCAGUGGAUCCAGCGUGAAGCGCCUCUCUCGAGCACCAGAGAGGCCACCGGCCAUAGAAGAUGUGUCAGACUCCCUCGUCUCCGGUGGCGAUGCCGUUUCCCAGGAUUGGCGGUGGCUUGCCUUGCGGUGCGAGCGGCGCCUGAAUGCAUCCAUGCAACAGCGGACUGCUAAGCAGGCCAAGAUUGCGGACACGCUUGGCCAUUCACUGGAUGUCCGGCAAUUUUCCUGUUUCGUGCCCAGGACAGUGCUGGAAGCAAUCGCGGAUAAGCGCAUCAGGUACUCGGAUGACUUCGACGUACAAGUUGAGAAGUUUACUGCUGCGGUUGUCUUCUGCGACGCUAGCGGCUUCACAGCUCUCACGGAAGCGCUGGACACACAACCAAACGGAGCGGAGCGCCUUGGCGGUAUCAUUAAUCAGUUUUUUGACAAGAUCAUUCGCAUCGUGCAUUUUUGGGGCGGCGACAUCAUCAAAUUCAGUGGCGACGCGCUGACGAUUGUUUGGCCAGUUGACGACGAAGACGAUGAUGAUGAAUAUGAGAAGGACGGUGUGGAGGAUAAUGAGUAUCGUGUAGACGCCAGACAGGCUUGCCUUCUAGCAGCCAAGUGCUGCAUGAAUCUUCACCAGUCUCUUCACAAAUACCCAACAGGCUUUGCGGGAAAAACCUUAACCCUUCACAUUGGAGCAGGUUUUGGGCGAGUCACGAUUCUCCAGGUUGGGGGUAUCAUGGAUCGAUGGGAGUACGUGGUAGCUGGAGCUCCUUUAGAGGAAAUUUCUAUCGCGGAGCCGCUAGCCAGCACGGGCGAAACUGUUGUAUCUCCUACCAUGGCGGAAGCAAUGCAUGGCGUUGCUUCGCUGGAGCCGGUAAAAGACUCGCCUCCGGGAAGACAAUUCUACCGGUUGUUACCUCACGCUGACGAUUUAGUCAAGAUUGCAAACGAAAAGCGACGUAGCAGCAACGCCAGCGCUGGGGGAGAGGAGUCAAAGAACAACGUUGAAGAAGAGGAGCUUGAAGCAAUUCACAGGGUAGCCGACUGGCACGUGUCGCCACCUCCUCCACUGGCGUCAAUUGAAGUUGACGCUGACGAUGUAGACUUAUUGCGGAGGUACAUACCGCCUGCCGUUUUUAGAAGGCUGAAGUCUGGCUGCAACGUGUUUUUAAAUGAACUGCGAACGGUUUCUGUCAUGUUCAUUUGCGUUCGGGGACUGGAUGUGUCAUCUACAACUGGGAGCCAAAUUGCCCACAAGCUCAUGAAAAUGACCCAAAAGGCAGCCUACACCAUGGAAGGCUCUGUCAAUAAAUUUCUUGUAGAUGACAAGGGUGUUUUGCUGCUCGUUAUGUUUGGGCUACCACCGGUGUAUCACCUCGACGAUCCAGUUAGAGCCAUCAUGGCAGGGCUGCGCGUGAUUGACGGCAUGAAGAUGUUUGGACUUGAUGCCGGGAUUGGAAUCACCAGCGGCCGUGUAUGGUGUGGGACUGUGGGAAACGAUUUGCGGAAAGAAUACACCGCGUUGGGGGACUUUGUCAACCUAGCUGCGAGGCUCAUGGCAAAGGCAGGUCCCCGAGAAGUAUACGUUGACGCCAACACGUACCGCUCUGCCCAACAUGCUAUGGAAUUCCAACAACUUCCGAGCAUGAUGGUCAAGGGGAAGGAACAUCCCAUCGAAGUGUACAUGCCUACCGGAGCGCUAAUCAACAAGGUCCAAACUGGCCCGGAAAUGGAGCCGCUUUUGUCUUGGCCUGGUUGGCCUUGUCGGAACCAGUUGAAAAGUAUUUUGGAGCCGUCUACGAUGUACAAAAAGCAAGGAACAGCUGUUCGACCUCCGUUGGACUACCCAGUGCCAUGCGGGCCUAUCUUCGCUCAUGAAUGGUAUGAGCCGUACAUGCCUCAGUUGCAACCUUUAUUGGAGGUCGGUGGGGUGAUGGUCAUCAGAGGAAGGGAAGGCCUGGGAGCGAAAGAGCUGGAAGAUUACAUUCGCGACUUUGGUUCUAAAAGAUCGAAUCGCCAGAUGUUCUGCAUCAGCAACAUGCCAGACUCGCCCAACCUUAAUAUUGGCAAUGUUCCCCUGCUUGCGUGGAGAAAACUCUGCACUGAAAUGGUUGAAGUGAGCUAUGCUUCCAGCUUGCCUGCAGACCUUUAUCUGUUCGCGCAGCGGUGGCGUGUCAGUGACAACCGUGAGAAGAAAGGCUAUUCGCGCAUCGACCGUGACAACUCAGUCUACGGCCUUACUAAAGAGCUUAUACAUCCUUCUUUCCACUGGCGUCUUGAAGAGAUGAAAACAGUUGUACAUGGAUUGGUUCUGCCCCACGAACUGCCAGAAAACCAGCGCCUUGCCAAGGAACGUCGAAAGUGCAUGAAACGACUUAGGAAGCAGGGAUACGUGCCGAUGUCACCCACCAUGGCACUCUUGCACAGGCCAGCGGAGUGGGUUGAAGAGGCUGGGCGCCGGAUGACACCCGUGCACGCACUCGUCAAAAACAUCGGUGUUGAUCUGGGACUUGCUGCAGCUGCUUCAGGCACGUCAGCUCACCCACUGUCACCUCAGUCUAUUCCAGAUGAGAGCGAGACGUCAGAUAGUGACGAAUCAACCCCAAGAUAUUUGUACGGGUCAAGCGGGGAGUCGAUUGCCCCAAUAAUAGCAUCUCUUGUCAACGGGUUCUCCCUCUUUGAGAGCUCUAUUGUUGUCCUACAUGUUCGCACCGGCACUAGUGUCUUCGCUGAGCCCUCGGUACAGCAGAUUCGUGCAUUUCGUCUUUCUCUUGGUAGUCCCCGUUACCAGACGCUGCACAGUAUUCAGUACAUCCAACACUUGGAUCCACAACCCCACAAGCCAAGCAAAGGGUACCGCACGGCUACUGUCGUGGAUAGCAGCGGGAAGGAGAACCCAGUGCAGUCCACGACUUUGUGCAGACCACUUCCGUCACAAUUCUACCAGCCGCUGGUUUUUGUUCUCAUCUGCAGUGAUACCACUGAUAAUGUCCCUGAGCAGCAGCAGCUUGUGCAAAUGGCCAAGGCCAACAACGCCUACAUAGAACUACGCAAGCUGACUCAAGAUGAAACCGCAAGCUUUUUGGCCCACUGCUUGCAUAUAAACCGCAAGUAUUUGUCCUUCGAGCUCGUGCACUAUGUACAUCGGGUCUCUUCAGGCAUCCCGAAGUACAUUUUUUUGACGGCGAAACAACUGGUGAAGGACGGGCAUGUUGUGCUGAAGGAGCGAAAACGCAAGAACCGUGCCUCUAGUGAACUUCUAAGAGAGAACACUCUCAGUUUUGAGCUGCGGUACAGACGUCUGCUGCUUCAGCGCAUGGGAAAACAGUACCAGGACCUUCAGCAAGAGUAUGAAACCCCAAGGGGAAAAAAAGCAAGAGCACGUGCGGCCGAUCAAGAGGCCUCAGCUGAACAGGCAACGUCCGAUGAUUCCAGUGAUGAAGACGAUACAGAGGUCCGCUACGUGGACGACGAAGUGAUCGUGGCGGUGAUUGGACUGUUGAAGACAUUAAACCAACAGCGGAUUGCGCUGGGCUUGGAGCCAGAUGAGGUGUUUAUUCCGAACUCCUCUGCGGACGCAGAACAGGAAGAUUGGAGGAAGCAGGCGCAGUACGACGUAUUAUCCCCUUCUUGCAUGCCUCCCGACGCAGCGGCUCUCGAGCUCAUGCCACCGCCGGCCUCUGUACUCAGUGCUGUUUCUUUUUCUCUUGACGAGAAUGACGAUGGCGAGCCAGUGCGCUCUCCCUUCUACUUAGCGGAGUGCUUCCGCAGGCGACUAGUAGACUGGGGCUCGAAGGACACGAAUAAACCCAAUGAACAGAACAGAGGCGACCAUCGAGACUCAGCGCAUGCGCAUGAAGAACAACAUCCCGCGAGACGUUUUGCCUCAAGGCGUCAUGGGCGAAAAACUAAUGGUCUUGGAGGAGGUUCUGUGCACUGCCGUGUGGGACUACAGGAGCAACUCGCGCAGGAAGACAGGAGCCGAAUUCGUCGGGGCAAGUUGACGGACGCCGAGUUCGCUCUUCUCUGCUUCAGACCUUCAUGGAUGCCGCUUGACUUAGACGAUCUCGCGGCCCUGCGUAAAAGCCGCAGACGACGUGUAGCCCAAGCAAAACACUUGGAGUGGGAUAGCGAUGCAGAGGAACCAAUUGUGAAACAGGGAGACACGGAAGACGGCGGAUGGGGAAUAAAGCGUUACUGUGAAGCGCGUGUUGUUUCGAAUUUGAACUCUCUGCCUUUUGUUCCCCAGCUUGUUGCAACGUGCAUGUUCACUGUAGAACGACUCCUGCCGGAGGAGCAGAUGAUGGCUAAAGUGGCUUCAGUGUUUCCUAUAGCGUUUAGACCCACAGAGCUUCGUAUGGCAUACCCACGGCGUAUGCUUUCAAACGAAUUUUAUGAUCUGGUUUAUCACCUCAUAUGUAAGGACGUUUUGGAAAUAUGUGAGCCAGCGUCACAAGAGGAACAAGAAGCUUUGAGUCACUUUAUUGGGGCUUCUUCAGCGAAGACAACCGCACAGAGCACAGUCACCACAGCUACGGGCAAUCCGACAAAGGCAGCAGACGGCACUGCAGCUGUCUGUGAAAAAUCAGGGAACCUUCUCGACGUGCCUGGCAGCGGACGGGCAAGGCACAGCAGCAUGUUAGAAGAUACUCCGUUUCCAGGACUUGGCCCGGGACACGAACGCCGUCCCAGCGUUGUGAAGGCAGGAGGCAUUGUGACGCCAGCGAAAGUCGCGGCUGCAGGCAGCGGGAGCGAUGCCGCUCAGCAAGACGAGUCCUCAAGUGAUUCCAAUGCUGCACGGAUUCAAAGAGGCUUUGAGGCUGAUUUGGCGGCAGGCUGCGCUGCAGGAGCAGCGUGGACCAGUGUUCUUGCAACACCCGAAAGAAAAGAGGUCCACAUUCGGUUCACAAGUAUAGCUCUGCAGCGGGUCGUUUCGGACUUGCUGCUUUCUGAUGAGCGGAAGUGGCUUACACUUGUGUGCCGCCGCGCGCUGGCUCAACGAUUUGUUACUGUUGCUGACUCCCAAGUUAUUGGUAGGGGUCUCGCUGCCCCUUCCUCAGAGAUUACAGGGGAGACUGGCUCUGUCGCGCAAGAAGAGGCUGAGACACAUGACAGCAUUCCAGAGUCGCUGCUACGGGGCGUUUUAGAGGCGGAGAGGGAACAGCAUACUCGCGCAGCGGAGCAGAAGCAGAAGUCGUCGCAAAUGGAAAAAGCAGACGUUGCCGAAGAAGCGACGCUACAGGAACAACAUCCAGCAGUUUCCAAUUCAGUGGCAGAGAGUGGUGCAGUUGUCGAUGCGGGGAUGCCAGAAACUGACUUGCAAGCUUAG